AUUCUUUUCAAGUUAUUUCUUCUUUUUAUAGUUUAAAUGCUAAAUAAUUUUUCUUAAUAAUUAUUUUAUUAUUAUUAUGGUCAUAUAAUAAUAUAACAAUAAUUAAACUAUAACAAAUCAUCCCAAUGUAUGCAUAAUUAUUGGACGACUCCUGAAAUGUAGAAUAUAAGAUAAACUUAUAAUGGGGGUACAUUGUUUAUUUGCCGAAGAGUUUAAAAGAUGCAUCCAAAUCAUGGUGUGUGAUUUGUAAGGAAUCUGGAUAGACCAUGUUAAACUCUUCGGCAACUUCUCGCUAAUUGAAGGUGCCAGCCAUCGAAAUAACUGGAAUUUUAGUUUCUUCUUACUUAGUUUUUUUUCCUUCUGUAAAAGAAUAAAUCAGAUCAACAUAACGGUUUCAGACUUGUAUGAAAAAACCCUGUAUUAUGUUGGCCACUUCUCUAAAUGGCGUUAGUCUAACCACUUACUACAGAUGUCGUAAUUAGUUUCAGACAUUUUGUAAUACCGAUUUGAUAUAGUAAGGAUAUCAAUAUUUAUGCCAUUGAUAACAAGAUUAAUAAAUAUGGAGAUACACCACUUAGAAAUGUGCGUAUCAGAUGGAAAGAAAACAUUAGAAAAGAUGAAAAGUUUCGGAUUUACCCUUUUUGCAAUUCGAAUAACUGAAUGUUGCAAACAAUUCGUAAUUAAAUGUGGAAGAGUUAAAUUGGUUAUUACUGAGCGCAUUUCAAUCAAAGAUCCGAAGAACGAAGAUUGGACCAUUUUUUGUUGUCAAAAGAACCAUAAAAGAGAUUCGGUGUUUAACAUUGCUUUUGUAGUAACAGAUGUCAAAGCAAUGACAGAAAAAGUAUCUAAAACUGGCAAAAAUAUUAUUCGAUCCGUUACCGAAAUUAAUGAAGAGAACGGUCGAAUUUUAUAUUCGAUCGUUCAGUCCGAAUGUUUAAAUGUAGUCCAUACACUUAUAGAAAAAAGGAAUUGUCGUCAUCCAUUUUUAUUUGGAUUUGAAUUAGUAGAAUUAUCUAAUCCAAUUAAAAAUUGUAUAGAAUUUGGAAUUAAUCAAAUCGAUCACGUUACAUUAGUUUGCCAUGUUGGACAGAUGGAAAACAUUUUGAAAUGGUACGAAAAACUGUUCGGUAUGAAAAGAUUUAUUAUGAGUAGAGAAGAAGACGAACAAGAAGGCAUGAUCUUCGAUAUUUACGAUGUAUCCAUGCGAUUGAAAGCUAUGCAAUUCUGGAAAUAUUCAGAAACUUCGUUGACUUAUUCUCCACAAUCUUACCAAACUGACAAAAGUUUUAUGUUGGUGAUAGUCGAACCGCUAACAAUGAAAAAACACGAAGGUCCCGGAAUAGAACACGUAGCUCUUCAUGUACAAACGAUGGAGAAUUCUGUGGCAAAAAUGAUUCAAGCGGGAGCCAUAUUUCGUCAUCCUCCAUUUUCGUAUUAUACACAGAUGGAUAAAAUGCAGCAGAUAGAGAAAGCUGGUAAAGACAUUCUUACUUUAAGUGACUUGGGUAUUUUACUAGACUACGAAAAGGAUGUUUAUUUUAAGAGCACCGAGAGCAACGAAAGGAAUAGGUUCUUGAUGCAAAUAUUUUCUCAACCAAUUUUUGAUAAGAAAACAUUUUUCUUCGAAAUUAUCCAAAGAUGCGGAGCUCGAGGUUUCGGAGCAGGAAACAUAUUAGCUCUUGCCAUUUCCAUUCGAAAAGAAUCUGGAAAAAAUCUCGCAAAGACAACUGAAAUUUCAACUAAUAAAUAAAUGAAUUAAUCGGAGAAAUAAUUACUGAAUUAAUUUGUUGGUAUUUUAAUCGGGAGAUCUUUUGUAACAGAUGGUCGAUAAAUAAAGUGUAUUAGAAACGAUACAGGUGAUUGUCGUCUGGAGAGAAUGGGAAGGAGCUGGAUGAUGGGAGGGAGGUCGAUGAAGCGAAGGGGGAGUCACCAACCGUGAGACGAUGCAGCAAUCAGAGCGACGAUAAUAGUUUUGUCAGACCAA